UUCCAGGUCGGAUCAUUUUUUUUCAUGUAUUAUUCCUAACAAAGGUAUGGGACAAAUGGUGAAUAUUAUUUCCACAAAACAAAACAUCGAUUUUGUUGCUUCAAAUUUGUAGCUCACCUCUUUAACCACACAAACAAAAACAAAGACAUCCAAUGGAAGCACGCAAAUCUCUCGCUCUAUAAUUUGCAAGCAUAUAGCAACCCCCCUCGAAUGAAGGAAAGCUUAAGGGUGUGAGAAAAAGAUAUAGAAAGAGAGAGAGAAUAUUAUUACAAGAUCAUAUAACAUUUCAAGAAAAAGAAAAAGAGAUAUAUAUAUAUAUAUAUAUAUAUAUAUUACAAGAUCAAAGAAAAACAACCAACAAUGGCAGCAUAUAGAGCUGAUGAUGAUUACGAUUAUCUGUUUAAAGUUGUAUUAAUCGGGGAUUCCGGUGUAGGAAAAUCCAAUCUCCUAUCUCGAUUUACCAGAAACGAAUUCAGCCUUGAAUCUAAGUCCACCAUUGGUGUUGAAUUUGCUACUCGUAGCAUCCGGGUUGAUGAUAAGAUUGUUAAGGCUCAAAUUUGGGAUACUGCUGGCCAAGAAAGGUAUCGUGCAAUCACGAGUGCAUACUACCGAGGAGCUGUUGGUGCAUUGGUUGUCUACGAUGUUACACGCCAUGUCACAUUCGAAAACAUGCAGAGAUGGCUUAAGGAACUCCGUGAUCACACAGAUUCCAGCAUCGUCAUCAUGCUUGUUGGAAACAAGGCUGAUUUACGUCACCUGCGUGCCGUAUCUGUGGAAGAUGCCAAAGGUUUUUCUGAAAGGGAGAAUACUUUCUUCAUGGAAACAUCUGCAUUGGAAGCACUCAACGUUGAGAAUGCAUUUACUGAAGUUUUAUCCCAGAUUUAUCAUGUUGUGAGCAGGAAGGCGCUUGACAUUGGAGAUGAUCCUGCAGCAUUGCCCAAGGGAAAGAACAUAAACAUCGGGUCCAAAGAUGAUGUUUCAGCGGUGAAGAAAUCCGGAUGUUGUUCCAAUUAGUCAAUAAGAGGAAACGAAAGAGAAUAACACAAGAACAGAAAAGUGAACAUGCAGAAAAACAGGAAACUGAAGAUGAAAAAAAAAAAACCAAGGAAACAAAAGUUAAAUUCUGUUGAUACACCCACACCCUGUUCAUAUCAUUCAUUAUAGAGGAAUUUACUUGAUUAGUUAUGAAUUACGAUUAGCUGCUUAAUAUCUUAUCAUGUAAGUUUGAGUGGAAAAAUAGUGUUUUCUACAAAUAUCUUUCUGAUUAGGCAUGGACUUGUACUUACAUUUUAUUUUCAUAGUAUAUUUA